CACAGGAGCAGCAAUAACUUUGAGGAGGGGGACAUGAGGAGAGUCACCCUCUUUGUUAAUGGCAGUCCCAGGAAUGGGAAGGUUGUGGCUGUUUAUGGGACACUCUCUGACUUACUCUCUGUGGCUAGCAGUAAGCUUGGAAUAAAAGCAACCAGCGUGUACAAUGGGAAAGGGGGACUUAUUGAUGACAUUGCAUUGAUCAGGGAUGACGAUGUUCUGUUUGUAUGUGAAGGGGAACCAUUUAUUGAUCCCCAGACAGAUAUAAACCCUCCCGAAGCAUUAACAGGAUCCCAUUCAGACUGGAUAACACUCAACGUGGGAGGACGAUGCUUCACAACAACUCGGAGCACUUUAGUUAGCAAAGAACCUGAUAGCAUGCUGGCUCGCAUGUUUAAAGACAAAGAUGCCUGGGGGAACAAAAGAGAUCACAGGGGGGCCUUCCUAAUAGACCGUAGCCCCGAAUACUUUGAGCCAAUUUUGAACUAUUUGCGUCACGGACAACUCAUUGUGAAUGAUGGCAUUAAUUUAUUGGGAGUCUUGGAGGAAGCCCGAUUCUUUGGAAUUGACUCGCUAAUUGAACAUCUAGAAGUAGCUAUUAAGAAUUCACAGCCAGCAGAAGAUCAUUCUCCAAUCUCCCGAAAGGAAUUUGUUAGAUUCCUACUUGCGACCUCAACGAAGUCUGAGCUUCGCUGUCAGGGUUUAAAUUUCAGCGGAGCAGAUCUCUCUCGUUUAGACCUCAGAUACAUAAACUUCAAGAUGGCCAACUUGAGCCGGUGUAACCUAGCACAUGCGAACCUGUGCUGUGCUAAUCUUGAACGGGCAGACUUGUCUGGAUCGGUUCUAGAUUGUGCCAACCUCCAAGGAGUUAAGAUGCUUUGUUCUAACGCAGAGGGAGCAUCGUUGAAAGGAUGUAAUUUUGAAGACCCCUCUGGCCUUAAAGCUAACCUGGAAGGUGCUAACUUGAAAGGUGUUGAUAUGGAAGGGAGCCAGAUGACUGGGAUUAACCUGCGUGUUGCAACUUUGAAAAAUGCAAAGUUAAAAAAUUGCAACCUUAGAGGAGCAACUCUAGCAGGAACAGACUUAGAGAACUGUGACCUGUCAGGCUGCGAUCUACAAGAAGCCAACCUGAGAGGCUCAAACGUGAAAGGAGCCAUCUUUGAAGAGAUGCUGACUCCUUUGCACAUGUCGCAGAGUGUCAGAUAAGCUACCAAAUGGUUUGGGAACGUUGCUGCAAUCUUUACUUCUUUUUUUCCUCCACCCUUUAUCCUUAAACUUGGAGUGACCUUAUGCAACUUGAGUUUUUCAAAAGUGCCUAAGGAACCGCCUCUGAUCACAUAGCUGUGGGCACGUCCCUUUUCCAUAGGCAGAGGAGUCACUGCAACCUUCUUGAGUGGAUCUGUGAAAACAUGGCGGCUUCAGAAGCAGCGCAGUGGCAGUUCACUCCAUGUGUUGGCAACUCAGUGUCAUUUCACUCCUGAAUGCAUCUUGGGAUUUUUUAAUUUAUAAAAGCACAAAUAUAUGCAAUUUAUAUUUAUUAAACCUAUAUUUGCAGUACAGACCUCUUGAGAUGGGUAAGCCCCGAUGCAGUGGUAAAAAUUCAGUUUGCAUCAAGCAUCUACAUACCGUUUUGUUCAUUUUGGCCUGUUGAAGGACAGGUGUGUAUUUCAGGACAAGGAGGGCAGCGGAAUGUGGUUCUCAUGUGCCUCAAUCACAACAGCCAGGUGCUGAGCUUCUCCAGGUGGAAAUGGCCGUGCUGCUGUCUUCUGUAGGGCCUGGGUCCUGCCGGGUACUUCCUUACCAUUCCUGGAACAUGUCAGGUUCCUGAACCUUGUCAUAGAGUUAAAUGUGCCCUGUUGUAACAGACUGGAACUUUUUUUGGCUUUUUUUCACUAUGGAAUUACAGGUGAGGCUGCUUUCUCAUACUGCUUUUUUACCUGUGCAAAGUUAAAUUUGACAUUGCUCAGGCAAAUUAAGUGAUGCAAGUCUGCCAUCUCCCACAGUCCCUAACUGAAGAGUGUUGGCAAAAAAUGCUAGAAAUUCUGAGCCUGGGAGUCUGGCCAGUGGAAAAUAUCUCUGGAGGAAUGUCAUAAAAUGCAGAAGAAACUUUAGACUACAAUUAGCUUUUUCCCAGUGGAAGAUGUUGAAGAUCUGGUCCAGAAUCCUUUUUCAGUAUCCUUAUAUUCGCUCUUCCACUCCCGCCAAUUUCUUAUGCCUAGUAAUUUGCCAUGGUCAUUUGUUUGGCUAGGAGACUAAAUCCAGAGCUUCACUGUCUGAAAUCCAAGCUGCUGUCUACAUGCAGGAGAAUGAAAGAGUAGAAUUCUAAGAUGUCAAAAUGAGCUGUACCACUUCAAACAGGGAUGGGGCUAUCAUAGUUUUACUACUUGUUUUAUUUAUUUAUUUAUUUUAUCGUAUUUAUAUUCUGCCCUCCCCGCAAGCAGGCUCCUUGCAACAAUACCUUGCCUGCAAAAAGGAAAAUUAGCACAACUAGGAAUAUAGCUCUGACUCAACCUUCUGCAUGCUGUGCUAGAUUUCUACUAAACAGGGUAUUAUGAUUGUAGGGGAGUGUUAAAUCAUGUAAUUCCUUGCCUGCAGGCUGAAGUGGUAUAGUCCAUUGUGCCACCUGUGUAGAGCACUCCUAAAAUACAAGUUUGUGGUGUUUGGCUAUGUGGCCUGUUCAUUAACCUCUGUCCUGCUUCUGUAUGUAUUCUUGUCAUUGUCUUCUUCCAGCAAUGAUGUGCCUCAUCACCUAUGCAAAAUAUAUUGCUGAGUUGCCCACAAGGGUGGAGGAGGAGCUAGUUGAUCCUCCGGAGUAGCUAUGCUGACCGUAGCUUGAAUGGGCAUAGGAACUAAAGCCCAGAGGAAGGCAGCACCAUUCUUCCCACCAAGUGACUUUCUCCCAAGACAUUGCUGCUGUAGUGCCAAUGCAAAACUUCUUUCCUCCUCUCUGUGUGUAUUACUGUAUGUACAAUCAAUACAAGCACAUGUAGGAACUUUUGAUACCAAAUAAAACUGGGUGCAAGCAUAAACCAUUACCUCAGCUACUGCCAAUGCUCUCACUGCUCUGAAUGAAAGACAUUCACAUUAAAAUAAAGGUGUGAAUGCUUCUGAAUAAAGGGGGCAGUCACCAUCUGUGACUUUAGUUAUAGGAGUGGGUGCCAGCUUGGCCUUACAGGAGGAUAAACUGAGAACUGCUGCAUGGACUUCUGCCAGAUCAGUUAUUUUACAUGUGACAAUGGCAUAGUUUAAGUACAUUCGCACGAAUGACUGCCAUGCAUCUUAAGUAUCGCAAGCACUCCCAUAGGCAUUAGGAAGAUGAAGCCAGUGCAGUUGUUGCAAGUGACCAGCUCUUUGCAGUUCUUUCGCGUGGAAGUGGAUUGUAUCCUGCCAAGAAAUCAGCACUUGAUCCAGCUACCCUGAAUUUUAACAUGGUAUAUUUGGAACUGUUUUCAUAUCAGCAAACAGUUUCCAGUCAAGUGACUCUCUCAUUUCAAUCGUUAAAGCUGGAGAGGAGGCUGAGGUUCUGUUUUCUUCCUCAAAAGCUGGAGUUUGUGAUUUCAAAAGAAACUUUGAGGAGCGAAACGUGGGCAUUUGCUGGGCCAUUCACCAAUAUGAUCCGGCUGUUGGGUGUUGUGCAUUUAGUUCAGUGGUACAAGGAAAUCCCACUUGCAAGUUAAAGUACCUCAGGCUUAUCCUUGUAGCCAGCUUCUUGCACCAGGAAUGCUGGAAUCGCUGCGGCUUCAGUGAUGUCCUGGGGGAGGAAGAAGCAGGCAAAGGUGCAGCAUUGAAGUCGCUACUGUGUUCCAGGCACUUCUACAGCAACGCAUAAGGGCUCUCGCAUCUCAAGAAACCAGUUUUUCUAUUUUUCUUUGUCCUAUUUUUGUAGCAGACAGGAGUCAAAUAUUGUAUCAGAGAAUUCUAUUUUCUUAAGCUGUCUGUAUAAUUUAUAUGUAAAGAAGCUUUUUUGCUGAAGUGAUGCCUCUUGCAUAAUCACAACAUUUGUUCACUUGCUAAAGGGACAGGAUGGGCCCAGGAGGCCGUUUCUGAGGACAGAUCACAUGCUGUUAUACAACCACAUCAAUA